AUGAGGAACAGGAACAGCUCACCAGCCUGGGUGAUAAACGUGAGCGCUUUACUCACUUGUAUAACAAUAUUGCUUUAUCUGGCAUCAAAAUCGGGAGUAAUGAAGUCCGACAAAGAAGACAAAGAAAGAAGCGAACAUUACGGUGCCGAUGUUAAAUACAUUGAAUUCUUCUCGCUAAGGUAAGUAAUACCUUUUGCGAAAUUUAUUGGCAUUUAUUACAGUGUGACUGUUGAAACUGAUAUUAUUUGCGACGCUCACGACUUGUGGUUCAAAUCACAAAUUCAAAUAACCAACUUAAUGCAUAUACCAUGUUGCGUUUCUUAGUUUUCACGAGCUUAACAGAUCGAUACAACUCGACGCAUCGCGAGUUUUGUCAAGUGCUUAUGACAAGCCUUCAAGGUGGCUCACCUCAACUGCUAUACCCUUUAUUGACAUGGGUAAAAAAAAUCAAUUAAUGACAGUUACGAUCAUCUUGGCUGUAUUCAAGUUUUAAUAAUUUCAUCAGCAGACAAAUUAUCUAGAAGUUUAUGAAAUCCCCAUGCAGGAGUUUUGCAGUGGCAAAAUCCGUUUCAUAGCAUAUUUACUUGUUUUUCGCCUGCCACUUGAACUCGUAUGGUUAAAAUGAACUCAGACAUUGCUAUAAUUUUUAUCAAAGUUCUAAGUAAGACUUCGAUGUCUAAAAAGAACAACAUCUGAGCCUGGUGGUUACACUCCAUUGUUGUUGUUGUUGUUAAGUUUUUUUUUUCUCUUUUUUUUUUCUGUUCUGGAGUCGGUAUUAAUGCAUUUUACAACCAGGCGGUUUCUCGGUCGAGAAGAAAGGAGAGGAAAUUUUUCGUUAAAAUUUCCUGUCAGCAGGAACAGUGCUUUGUUUUGUUUGUUUCUUCCUUUACUUUGUCUCCGCCGUUUUGUUUUCCUGUUUUUAUUACUUUUUAUUUUAAUUUCUGUUGUCCUUUUUUUUCUUGUUUUCUCUUCAGUGUUAUUUUUCGAAGGCUACACGCAUUGAUCAAUUUUGUCGUUUAAUUAUGCUUUCAAUUAUACUUUUUCAUUUCCUUUUUUUUUCUUUUAUCUCAAAGAUAUCAUUACUUUUUUAGACCCUCGCAGCUUGUUUACCUCGACAACACUGGUUAUCGCUUGGCGCUUGACUCAGAAGAUGAGCCCAGCUUCAUCGAAGCACGAACCGACGCGAUUGAUAGCCUAACUAUUGAAAAACUCUCCCCAAGCCGUAGUAAUGGCACCGAUGGAGUCUCGUUAACUCGUGCUCCUACCGAUGGUCUUGUUAACGCUUAUGAUGAAGGUGAGGUAAAGAGCGACGCUGAACGAGAUGAGAGUAUUGAUUACAACAUGGCGUGGGUGGAGUUUCCCGAGGAAACUGAAAGGCAAGCGGCUCAUUUCUAGAGGUAGCAGAGUUUAAGGACACUUCUCAGUCAAUUUAGCCCAACCUACCAACAAGAGCUUUAUUGAGAGACUGGUCAGAAGUCGCUGUAGCCUAUUUCCCUUUCGUAAACGGUCUUUGCCAUUUUUAGCGGUCUGUGUCACCAUUGGUAACCAAGCCUUUAGUCAUGACAUAAGUAAUACAUUCCCUGGAUUAAGUUACAUUUAAAGGAGAAUGAUACGACGUUGAAGGCUAAGUUGAAUUUACGUUAAAAGUUAUGGAAAGGGCUAGGGCCACCUGUUAUGGAUGUAUCAGUUAAGCAAAACAGAUUGUUAGUUUAUGUUCUUAAAUUUUUGGUAAUUUUGGCGGGUCAGUGUGGUAGUGUAACUAAGGGAGAGAGAGAAGGAUACGAAAGGUCUGGGUUCGUGGUCUGGGUUUGACCAUAGGUUGCGAUAUCCUUUCUUUUUAAUAGAAACACUCUUAUAAUAACUGGUCAAACAUUUUGAUAGUGUCUUAAAAAUGUCGUCGCCGUACUAAAAAUCAAACAUUUUUGUUCUCUACAAAGCGACUUUUGACCAUUUCAAAUAGACGGAAACCGCGCACUGACAUGAAUGUCAAUACAAGGCUGAGCUCACUGCCGUCAUGGUAUCAAAUAGAACGAUGAUAAUUAAAAAUAAAAAAUAACUGAUCACUACGUAUCUGACAAUAACUGCAGAAUCUGUGAUACAGUUAGCGUUAGCACAUUAAUCACAAAUUCAGCUGUAUCAUGAUUCUUUCUUAUAAAUUAGAUGAUUAAAAAACGGUGGCAAAGUAUCGAACCUGGGCUGUACGGCUGACGUCCAAGCUCAGAACUGUUGACAUGUUAACAUAUAAUGAGGACACGUCUGUUGUGCAGUCCUCUCAUUCAUUUCAUUCAUUCAUUCAUUCAUUCAUUCAUUCUUCCUCUUUAGAACAUCAUGCGAUCCUAAAAGGCCUGUCAAAAAUGUGGUUUUGCUAAAAACUCACCGUGCCGGAGGUGGAACGUUGGCCAAUAUAAUUUACAGAUACGGAGAUUUAAACGACCUGGAGUUUGCACUUCCAAAACACGGGAGUUAUGACUUUUACUGGCCUCUUCACUUUAAUCCAAGCUUUGUGGACAAACAGUAUCUCAACUCUUCGUCUCCAAAUCUACUAAUCAACGCUCGAUACAGUCCUGACACGAUGACUUCAUUUAUGCCCAAGGUAAACGACUACACUUAAAUUGCAUGCAACGAUAAUCGGUAUCUCACUUUAUCAGGACAUUUCUUUAACUGGGUUCUUUUUGUUUCCAUUAGUGUCUACUAUGUUCUCAGAAAAAGAAAAUGGGAAGAAGUGAUCCACUUCCCCUCCUCCUUUCCAUGUUCCUAAAUACAUUUACUUUACUGCUCUAGUUUCCCAUGCUCUUAACGAAAGUGUCUCAAAGAAUGUAGUGUUUUUCACUGCAUCUGGAAAACAGAAUUUGGAUUCUUUAUACUAACUUUUGUCUCGUAUAUUUAUUAAUUAGAUUAUUUUUUAUCUUUAUUACUAUUUUUUAAUCUGUUUUAUUUGUCGCAAUUACAUUUUGUGACCUUUUUUCUUAAUGCUGAGCUGUUAAAUUUUAGAUCUCAUUGAUAGUGUUUUAUUUGAAUAUACAUUUUUUUACUUACCUACUUGCUUACUAGCUCUAUUGCAUCAGUUAGACCUUCUUUUCAAACCUCAAGUCCACUCUCCCCACGGGCGUGUAUUAGGCCAGGUCACGGAAGUGACGAAAGCAAAUGGCAGAAAAGGAAAUAAACUAGGACGACAAAACUGCUGCUAACGUAUAUGUGGCAAACUUAGCCUUAGCCUUGUUGUGAUUCGUUCUCAACUAUAAACAGCUUUGUGAUUGGCUCAGGAUUUCUUAUUCUGUCUCUGCUUCCCUCCGUUGUUACGUUGCUAAAAACGUAAGAAGAAACAACUGAGGAUCGGACCGGGUAUGAUACCUUCGUUCCGUCAAGAUUCUCUUUAUGCUAUCAUCAGUCUCUUUGAUUUACACAGCAAGUGCACAAGAGCAGAUCAGAACGCUCGUUCUAUCUGUUCUGUUUUCGAGUCCUUAGCUAAAUAAGGUUUCUCCUGCGGCCCAGUCGAAACUGGUUUCCAAUAGUUAAGCCGGCUUUCCUACACUGAGCCAUCUUUUGUCCCCAAACAAAUAUGGCUUCUGGUAAUUUGUUGGUAAUUUUUAGCUCUACUUCACUCAUUUUCAUCCAGGUCUCCCUUCCACCAUAAAAAAAACAGUUUUUUUCAAAUUUCUCUUCAAACAGAGAGCCAUUUGCGUAUUGUCUUUAUUUUUACUUUAGGACUCAUACUAUAUUGCUAUGAUUAGAAGGCCAACGGAUCAUUUCGAAUCUGUCUUCAAUGGAUAUCAACUCGACAUGUUACUGGGGAUCCAAAACAGCAGCAACCCAUUUGAUGAGUUUCUGAGUAAACCGAAACAGUAUCUCUUGGAGUAUCUGCGAAAGAAACCACGAUUGAAUAUCCAUCUCAAUAUGGCCAAGAAUGGUAUUACAUAUAUACACAUAUACACAUAUAUACUUUUCAAAUGUAAAUGUAUUGGCCCCCGAGGUGUACUGAACAAAGUGGUUUUUUUUUGUUUUGUUUUGUUUUUUUUUAACGGGUAGGCUUUGCCCUAAGGUCCAACCUUUCGUACACCUUCUAUUGACAAAUGGUACUCCUUUUACAUUUUGCAUCCCUUUUAACCGAUGCAAAUAAACUGUCUUUAAAAUAUUGAAUAAUCACAACAGAACCAUAACAUGAUCAGCAGCGCCGUAGCUAGUAUGAGGCCAGCCGAGGCACUCGCCUCGGUAAAAUUUUGACGAAUUUCGCCGAUCAUUUUUAUUUUACAUAAGCGAUCAUCGGAGCCUCUCAGAAAAGAUUUCGUGGCCAAAAUAUAACAGUUAAAAAAUAUAUAUAGAUAACCAAAAUUUUCGCCGUAUUAAUACUGAAAACGCAGAAAACGCUGCAAAUCGCAUUUCCGAGAGACUAAAGUUCAAAAUUUCUCGGGGGGGGGGGCAUGCCCCCGAACGCCCCUAGCAACUCCCGCCUGCCUCAGUUGGCCGUUUGGUCUGGCUACGGCACUGAUCAGAAUGUUUUUACAAUUCUGUCACAGCCCUAAAAUACAUCUGUUAGCCCUUUGGCCAGACUUUAUUUACAAUUAAUGAAGAAAAAAUGAAAAUAAAGAUAAAGUUACAAUAUAAUGUUACAAGUAAAUGCCUUUAGGGUUAAAAGAUAUAAUUAUACAUGUAAAUACCUGUAUCUGGGUAGAACGUAUUUCGUAGAGCGCUCAAUUCAUUUAAUUGAAGAGCGUUGACUAUUAAUAAUCACAGGAGUUCAGGCUUCUGGAGUAAUCAUUGAUCGUUUAUUGCGACAGUGCUGUUUCGUAUGGUCCGAAAUUGUAGGACCACACUCAUCAGGCAACUUCAACGAUUGACAGUUGAAAUUAAAAGCUGGCAGUAAAAUUUGGGUGGUUUUUCAGAAAGGCGGAAAAACAAAACAUGCAUUAAAUUCUAUUUACAUUCCAAAAGGAAUUUCCGGAAUUUCUUGGUAAAUGGAAAGCAGCAGAAGUGUUCAAUCCUCUCACAGUUGACAUUAUACCUUAUCUUAAAAUAAAAUAGCCACUAAUAUAUUUUUACACUCCGCGGACAUGUAUACUAAUAGUAAAAAGACGAUCUAACCAAUGCCCGUUUGUUAAUAUAUUUGCGUGUUGAUCAAUGUACUUCCCAGUUCACUUUACGCAGUUUUUAUCAUAAAAAAUGAACAAGCGUGCAGGGUUGUAAAACGCAUUGUUAUAAUUGUUAUAUCCCUAGACUUUCACUCGACUAAACAGGGACUGCCAUUGGUUGAUUCUUGGUCACGUGACCUUGACUAAAAUCAAAUGUAUCCCGAUCGUGAUACAUUAAGCAAUGUACCCCGCUCGGGCUACAUUACAGCACGUGAUCAAAGCAUGGUGGAAAGUGGCGUGACAAAAGGCGGGAAAAAUACUGCCAGGUCCUGCCAGUUUUCUAUUUCGUGAAUGAACACAACAACACAAACACGAAGCCUCAAGCUAAAAAGCAACGAUUUUUAAAGUUAUCCAAGAAGUUCCCAGAAGAAAAACAGCAGCUAGUGGAGGAAAAUGAUGCAGAUAAUAAUUAUAAGGAAGGAACUUUGUAAAUCAUUCAUUCAGUGGUUUUGAGAAUUAAAUUUGUAUUGCUGUAAGUACCGAGUCGACUGUUUUGAUUCGCUCCGGUUAUUCUCUUGAUGCUGUUGAAGUGAAAGUCCAGAAAUAUAACAAAACACUUAAUGUCAGCUCCCUUGGGAAAACCUGUUAGUUUUGUUUUCCCUCCAGUCCUGAUGUUCAUCAUGACAUCAGGACUCUGGGAAAACAAAACUAACUGUUUCCUCGGGAUCUGACGUUAAGUGUAAAGCAUUUGCAUUUUUUAACUUAUUGGCUUGGCUAAAUAUAUUUCUUCACUUACUUUUUUCACUAACUCGUUUACUAUUAACAGGGCAAAUAUUUGACCUCGGUCUUCAACACAAAUAUUACAACGACCUGGUUGAGAUCAAUAACCACAUUGAAGAUCUCGCAGAGAAAAUCAACCUUGUUCUAAUCAUGGAGUAUUUUGAUGAAUCCCUCAUUCUACUUAAGAGGGAACUCUGUUGGGACUUGGACGAUAUCGUCUACUUUAAGUUCAAUCAGCGAGCACAGGAGUACAAGCAAACGAUGAUAACCAAUGAAGAGAAGGUAGGCUUUGUGAUUACACAGGUUCACCAGUUUAAUUGUUCUUACCAAUAGGCCUUUUCCAAAAAUUCCAUAAUAUUUUUUGUUGUCCCUCCAAACUUUUGCAACAACAUUGUUUUAAUUUCUCUUCGGGAGAUUUUAAGUCUCAGAGAAAUUGAAAACAAUGCUUGUGCAAACAUUUGGAGGGACCACAAAGAGUAUAGUGUAUAUUUUUGAAAAAGGCCUACUCAGUUCACGAAUGAAAGUCUACUGGCAUUGUGACGUUGGUACUAUGCGCGAUCCUACAAGAAGUUAAAGUUAAACAACCAAUGAUAGUAAAUGUUUGUGAUAUUAGAAGGGGAAGAAGGAGAGGCCAACCCGAUCUGACCCAAGUUGUUCAAAAGGUUGAUAACGCCGUCUGCUAGUUAAAUCACCAUAGUAUCUAGUGGAUAGUGUAAGUGAUUUCCUUAACACGUAUCCGCUGGAUUGAGAUUUAUCCAGUAAAUAGCGCUAUCCAACGUUCAACAACUGGGGCCUGGCUCAUCGGUUUAGGUUUCUAACAAACUGCUCACGCUUCCCCUUCCCUAAGCCAAAAUUUUUCCCCAAGAGAGAAAUAACGGUAGGAGUAGUUUCUUUACGCCCAAAAAUUCCUGGUAAUAAAACUGUAGAUAAAAACUCAGAUUCAAGCAACGGUCCAUCAUGCCACACACAUCGGCAGAGUGAGAGUAAAAACAAUAACUUUCACAAUCACUACUUUAAUUUUAGAUGCAGAUUAAGGAGUGGAACAACGCCGAUGCUGCCUUGUACGAAUUUUUUAACAAAACAUUUUGGGACAAAAUUGCUAGACAGGAUCAGACGUUUUUUCAAGAGGUCCGACAGCUACGGCAAAAGGUUAAUGAACUUGAGGCGGAAUGCAUUGAUUCACAGGAAACAAACCAAGACACUGGAGAAGUCGAUAUAAAACUUUAUGAGCAUGCUUCAAAUUUUAACAAAUAUCUUUGUGAGAAGAUGACGUUAAAUGAGGAAAACUACGUAACGUAUCUAAAGAAAAAAUUUAACACGAAAGUUGACGGACAUCAUGGCUAUCAAAGAAGAUUACUUGAUGACAUGUUAAAUAAGACAGAAUUGCGAGAGGCGAGAUAG